CACCGAUGUGUUUACACGCCUGCGCAAAUCAAUGUUAUGAUUUUUAACAGUAUCAACAUGUCUGCCUCCUUGGUGCGAGCGACCGUCCGAGCGGUCAAUAAAAGGAAGAUUUUAGCCACAAGAGCCGCUUUAACAUUGACUCCUGCAGCUGUGAGCAAAAUCAGAUUGUUGCUGCAGGACAAACCAGAAUAUAUCGGUUUGAAGGUGGGAGUGAGAACACGUGGCUGUAAUGGACUGACUUACACUUUGGAAUACACGACAGAGAGAGAGAAAUCUGACGAGGAAGUGCUACAGGACGGUGUGAGAGUGUUUAUAGAGAAGAAGGCUCAGCUCACCCUUCUGGGAACCGAGAUGGACUUUGUGGAGUCGAAGCUGUCCAGUGAAUUUGUCUUCAACAACCCUAACAUCAAGGGCACAUGUGGCUGCGGAGAAAGCUUCAACAUCUGAGCGCAGCGGAAGCCCACCCACACCCCCCCCUCCUCCCCUCCUCCCCAGGGUCCGAACCCCGACUUGUUCUCUAAAGACUGAGAGACUGACAACGAGGAUGUUGGGCGUGAGGAAAACUUCAAGAAUGCGGACAACCCUCAGUUCCUGCCGCUUCUCUUCCUGCAGACCAUUCGCACACAUGCGUACCAGAUCAGUCCAGCUAUGCAUUAUUUUAUUUUUUUUUGCCCUAGAAGAUUUCAAAGCAAGCUGUAGUCGAAGCCAGGAAUUAUUUUAGUUUAAAGUUCAUCUUGUUUUAAAAACUGGUCUUAGUUCCCUGUUUGAGAAAACAUCAAAAGCUAGAUGUUUUUAAUCC